ACCGUAGGGACACAAUGACCUAGGCAGGAGACCGGGCCAUCCCUGCCAUUUGGACUCAGAUUCAGACCAGGACCGGCAAUGGCCCAGAGAGUCGGGACCGGCGCUGAUAAACUUACAUUCGUUGCACAGGAUGAAAUCUGGAAAAAUCGCCUUGAAACUGAAUCGAAAGCACGUCAAAACUGGUUUAAGAAAUGGGGAUUUUUAACAAUCCCUAUGGAAGAGUUACUGAGGAGAGAAGGGGAUGUACCUAAGCCUCCGAAGCCCAAGAUAGAACUUCCAGCACAUUUACGCAUCCGGCCUGUGACACCAGUGGAAAAAUAUAUUAAGGUACUCCCAUCACCACCAGUCCCUAAAACUACUCAAGGUUUUAUUGGCUGGCGAUCCACAAUUCCUGGUCUGGAACUUGAGAGAAACUACAAGAUUAUAAGCUGUAAAGGUGCCUAUUCCAAGCAACUGAAGUGGCCCGAGGCAGGCAUUUACUAAAGCCAAGAGGCUGUGUACAACCCAGAGUGAGCCAUCUGUCUCCUCUAAGGAUGUGAGAAUCUCGAUCACUUUGACAUUAAUAGGGAGAAGUUAAAAUAAUGAUGAGAGCUGACAAAAACCUGUGAUAAUUAGGCAGUUAGCAUAGGCUAAAAAAAAACUAUUCUUUUGAAAUCUGACAAAAUCUGAAUUCACAAAGUCAGGUAGAUCUAGUCUGUUCAAAAAAGUAUCUUGGUUUUAUUCUCUCUAUGGUCAAUAUACCUGUGCCUGAAAAGUG